GCUGCACUUGUGCGUAAGGAUCUUCGUAACUUGAUCCCAUCAGCGCUCCCAAACUCCCGGAUGUUAGAGGUCACCUGAGGUCAGUCCUCACUACUUCCGUACAUGCGCAGUGAGGACAACCAACAUGGCUGCCGGAUCGAACCAAAAUACACCUGCCGGCGGACUUGUUGAUGUUUUCUUUAUUUUCCCGGCGUUGUGAACACUUUUCUGCAGUGAUUUAGACCCUCAGCGGGGCCCACAGUGGUUUGUGUGUGUGUGAUGUGCGUCAGCGGCGUCCGCUGUGGCGUGACCUUCCGACGUCUGCGUCAACAUGGAGAUGACCAAUGGCUGCCAUGUGGGCCUGACCACCAGCGAAGGUCUGGACAUCCUCCAUACUGACAUCUCACGGCUACUGAGGGAGGUGGAUGGGAGGUACACAGGAAAGAACAGUUGGGCGCCACACUGGCCAUUUCACCACCGGAACGUGCGUUCCUCGUUGCCAUGGACAACCGUCGCCAUCUGGGUGCUUCAGGGCACGGCACUGUUCGUGGCCUACGGGAUGGUGGCACAGGACAUGGACAGGAGAGACAGCCUCGUUGUGGAGGCCUUUGUUGUUCUGCUGGUUGCCAUGGUGAGCUGCUACCUGACGGGAUGGGACGGGAAAGUGCACCAGGAGGAGAUGAUCAACAAGGUCAAGGUCGCUCUCAAGAAACUUGAAGGUUGUAUCCAGUCCUGUAAUGACCUAGGUUGGCCAGAGCAACAGUACCCUGACCUGUACAUGCCCUCCUGUCCGGCCAUCACAGCCAUCUGGACGUACCGCGACGGUCAGCAGGUCAACCUCCCGGGCGCGCUGCUGGUCCGAGGUGACAUCAUCGCCCUCCGGCCAGGACAGACCACGCCCGUGCGAUGUCGUCAGCUCCAGGGUGAUGGCUCUCUGGAGCUCCAGCCGGGUGACACCUACAGCCCCCCUGUCCCAGACUCCCAGGAACCCCCCUCCUCUCCCAGGGGGGUAACCCCCCUCAGAACCUGCAGGUUCCUCGUCACACAGACUGCCUUCACCGACAACAUCAGAAUGUGUCUGGAGAACUGCCAUAGGAGACCCGUGAGUGUACAGGACAGAGAGAGACAUGACGUCCACAGGCUGGUGGAGUGGCGACUGCUGCCUCUCAUACUGGUGCUAGUCCUCCUGGUGAACCUGCUGAGAUAUUUCCUCCUGAGAGACGACGUCGGCCACUGGGCUGAGAUGCUGCUGGCCCUGCCUGUGUAUGCCUCCCUGCCGUUACUCCCUCCCCUGUUCCCCUGGCUGGGGUUGAUAAUGUACAUGUAUAUCCCCACCCCAGGUGUAUGCCACCCUGCCGUUACUACCUCCCCUGUUCCCAUGGCUGGGGUUGAUAAUGUACAUGUAUAUCCCCACCCCAGGUGUAUGCCUCCCUGCCGUUACUCCCUCCCCUGUUCCCCUGUGUAUGCCACCCUGCCGUUACUCCCUCCCCUGUUCCCAUGGCUGUGGCUGGGACUGAACACCUACGGGACGGCCAGGGUUCUUGCUCUGAUGCAGGCCGGCAAAACUCAGCAGAGCCUGCCUGUCCAGUGGAGGUCGGUCAGGGUCCUGAUGUGGGAGGUUCUGACAGGCAGGACGGAAAGUCUACCGCGGACAGCUAACAUCCUUCACACUCUAGGCAGUGUCACUGCCCUUUGUUGUGUAGACAAGAGAGGCGUCCUGUCCUGUCCCAACGCCUCUCCUGAGAAAGUCUUCUUCCUCACAUCACUAGAGGAUGAUGGGACCAGAACAGAGGAUGAUGGGAUGGGGUCAGAGGUCAGCAGCGAGACCGACUCUAAAAGUAACAACCUGCCAGAACACGACGUCAACGGAAGUAGAGAGGACGUGAAAAUAGAUUUCGAGACAGAGCAUGUUUCGUUCAAAUCCAACACAGAACUCUUGCAAAGAGACAAAAAUGUGGAAAACAAGGAAAUGCACAUAUCUUCAAAGAAAGCAAACUCAAACACACCAACAAGAUCACAAAGUCAAGAAAUGCUGCAAAGGGAGCCAGCGGUGGAUUCGAAAGCAGUUUUGCCGGAGUCGUUUUCCUCGGAGGAGUUUUUUGAGUGCCAUGCAGAAGUGUUGGACAUCACGGCGGACCCACACAGCUCGUCAGGGAUUCAGUUUGAUGAUACCAGAUGGGAGAGGCACCUCAACUCACUUAAACCUCUGGGUUUGAACAUCUUGUUGAACAUCUGUAACCCUCUUGCCGUGGAGAGGAACGCCAGCUUCAUGGACCAUCUUAACUGUGUGUCUAAAGACAUGGGGGGCAGGGCCAUCCUCAGGUAUAGGAGAUGCUUAUGUCAGCUGGUGCACCAGAUCGGGUUCUCAGACAAAGUGCUGGAGCUGUUUAAGCUGAGGACACAGGUGGCUGCGUACCGGGGCCUGGGGACCGGGCUAGGCCAGGACCAGCUGGGCAGGAGGAGCUCCUUCCUCAGGAACAAGCUGCCGCUCCCAAAUAUGGUGUCUGUGGUCACCAAGGACUAUACCACAGGAAAAAAUGUUAGACAUCCAGGUAAUAAGAUACGUCAAAAAGUAGUUACUGAAGCAACUAAGCCGCAGGUGGCUGCGCACCGGGGCCUGGGUACCGGGCUAGGCCAGGACCAGCUGGCCAGGAGGAGCUCCUUCCUCAGGAACAAGCUGCCGCUCCCAAAUAUGGUGUCUGUGGUCACCAAGGACUAUACCACAGGCAUGCUCCAGCUGCUGACACACGGAACAGCAGACAUCGUACUGGACAGCUGCACGGACUUCUGGGACGGCAUUGACCUCUGCCCUCUGACGGACAAAGAUCGGAAGAAAAUCCUGGACUUCUACCACCGCAUGAGCCUGUCAGCCUACUGUUCAGCCUUCGCCUACAGACCGAUGGAGAAGGAUGAGGUUGCCCCCAUCCCAUUGGACGAGCAGAAACCAAUCAGAGCGCAGCCUGUAUCCAGACAUCUGGGCGAUGUUUUCUAUGAGCUGCCUGUGAAGGAACCGGAUGAGCCCAGGGAAGUCGCCACACCUGUGUCUGAUACAAGACCAGAGGACGUGUCGUCCCCUGUACAGACGGACCCCGGCAGGACCCUGGGAGACUCUGACCUGUCCCUCAACUCUCAUGGCAAGGGCAGGACUAUCAGGAGGGAACAGGACUGGUUCAGUGCCCAGAGCAGACAAGUGUUUAUAGGAAUGGUGUCGGCACAAUAUCAGGCCAAAAUGGAUGUUGUCCACAUGAUCGAGGACCUAGACACUGCCUGUAUCAGGUUUGUGCACUUCUCAGCAGAGGAUGAGCUCAGAAGCAGGAUCUUCUCGGAGAAGAUGGGUCUGGAGGCAGGCUGGAACUGCCACAUCUCUCUCCUGUCCAAUCCGGAGGACCGCUCGCGGCACAGCUCAGGGCCAGAGGGAGACAGAUCCCGCCACAGCUCCGGAGAAACAGACGCUCCUGCUCGGAGAAGCAGACUCCACCUCCUGGGCAGCCAGGCGGAGGAGAGAGUGCCAAUUUUAGAACAUUCGCAGGUGACGUUCAGAGACGAAGUCUCAGAGCACCUCCUACCAGAAUCCCCAGAACACAACGUCUUAGACAUACAGAGAGAUCCGGGCAAACACUUAGACCUGCCAGGUCAAGACACACACUUCUCAGGAAACCAGGGUUCGGCAGAGGUCACGCGACAGUGCAGCUACGAGAGCCAGAACUACAGAUACGGCGGAGAGUUCGGGUUGCAGGACAACGUCCUAAUAAGGGAUGAUCGUCAUGACGACAUCAUCUCCAUGGAGACGGACGUGACGAGUCACCAUAGUGACGUCUUUGACAUGACAAAUAGGGCCAAACUCCCGCGAGGUAUAGACAACAUCAGACCCCACCUGGAGAACGUGGACAACGUCCCUCUGCUGGUGCCGCUCUUCACAGAUGCAACUCCUCAAGCUACCAAAGAGAUGCUGAAGAUCAUGCAAGAGUAUGGGGAGGUGGUGUGCUGCGUGGGGAGCUCAACCAACAUUCAGAACACUGGGGUCUUUCUGCAGGCAGACGUCAGUGUUGCAGUAGAGCCAGGGUACCCCCAGUUGUGCAUGAGGCACGGUGCCUCCGCGGUGUCCCAGUGCUGGGAGAAGGGUUCCUCACCAUGUGCUCUAAGCUGUGUCCUCAACACCCUGCCCUGUUCGGUAGUGUUUGACAAGGAACACAACUAUACGAGUGUGCUGCUGCAGAUGAUACAGGAGGCCCGACACUUGGUGCUGUGCAUCAAGAACUGUCUGCUGUUCCUGCUGGGCUGUCAGCUGUCAAUCAGCCUGGUGCAGGUUCUGUCUGCGGUCGUUCUCCUCCCCCCACCACUGAGCGGCGGCCAUGUUCUCUGGCUCUCGUGUCUCGUUGUGCCGGCUCUCAGCGCAUCGCUGGUCGCCAAGGAGGUCGACAAGACAGUCAUGACGCUCGCGCCGGGAAAGAACCAGAACCACCUGCCAGUGGAGUCCUUGCUGCAGUUCACGCUCCACUAUGCGGGAAGGUUCGUCCCGUCGCUCGGCGUGUGUCUCCUGUGUUUCGCCUUCGUUCUUCACGCCGUCUGCUCGAAGGUGUCCCCAUCGCAGGCCUGUCAUCCAGUGUUCGGGAACAGGAACCUGACCCUGUCGUGGAAUGAUUACGAGGGUGAUAGUUCCACAGGGCUGGUCCUGGCACAGGAGUUCUGCUGCUUCCUCCUGGUCCUGUAUUUUGGUGUGACAUCGAUGAGCUACGUACACAGGUCCCACCCCAUGUGGAGAAGACUGCCCUUCACCAACAGAGUCUGGCUGGUCUGUGUUCUUGUUAUUCUCAUGCUGCAGGUCAUCUACUUUGCCGUCGCCAUGGCGAUAUCCUCAGCCAACCACAGGGUGCAGUUCUCCCUGGGUGAUGUUCCGCUGUCGGCAUGGUUACUGGGGUUACUCUGGGUCGUUGCCCUGGUGAUCUGUAACGAGCUGGUUAAGCUGCAUGAAACCAGACUCUCUGUACGGUAUCAGAAGAGAGCAAAGCUGCAGUUCGGGACCAAACUUGGAAUGAACUCCCCCUUCUGAGCCAGCCAAUGGACUCUCCCUGCUGAGCCGGCCAAUCAGAGUGCAUAUCAGGAACCUCAGGGCUAUACCACUCAAUCUGACAUGUGGAAGGGGAAUGGGAUUUUACACCCGUAGGACAAGAUGAGGCUCUUCGGCAAAUGAAAGUCAAUGACCUGAUGUUUUUAAGAAAUGUCGACAAACGUUGUGGAAAAAAAAGCUUUAAAAAAAUGGUAAUACCAAACAGUGAAAAGAGGCCCAGUAACAACUGCACUAUUUUUAUUCUUUGUCGGAGAAACUUAAUAUCAACUCUGGAGUAUGAACAUGUAUAAGACAAGUGCAAGUUCAUUCAGAACAGGUAGGAAAUGUAGGGAAAGAAAGUUAAGCUGACAAACGUGUGUAUUUGAAAAGUUUACCAACUUUGCUGCUUGUUAACUAAACAGAAUAUUGUAGACUGGAGCUUUUAAAUCAGUCAUGAAGUUAUAAAAUGAAGAUAACAAACUAGCUGUGUACUAUGAAAAAUGUAAAAUGUAAAACAGAAGUUAUUCAAAUGUGCUAAUGCUAUCUUCAUAUCAAAUAGCAGUAUUUUUUCAGUAAUUACAACAAAGUAUUAAAUGUGUAGAAUGAACAUUUAAUUGUAAAUGUUGUUCAAUACCAAUGUAUAGUCUAUAUUUGAUUGACUUUAAAUCGUAUCAAAGAAAGUAUAAACUUAAUCUGAAUGUGCCAGCAAAUAGAAGUAUGUGCAAGGACUUAGCUUUAGUAAAAUCACCCAAGACAAUGUCAGUACCUGUUUUCUGAUGUUUUAUUUUGAGUAUCUUCUUAAGACAGUGGUAACAAAGGCCAACAUUUUAUUAGCCAAAGUAAACAAAAAUUGUUAUGUGCUGCAACAUACAUCUAUGUGUUGCAAGAUACACAACAUGUAGAAUCUGAUGUUUUCCGUCAGCUUUCCUUACCCCUACUUCUGUUGGGUCAGUAAUACUUCAAUGUCAGUGAAUUGAGCAUGUUUCAAUCAUGACAUUUUUGGCUUCGUAAGACAAUGGUCUUUCAGGCCGAUUGAUGUAGCCUUGAAGUGACCUUGUGUUCUUGUGGUCUUGCCAUGUAGUGACCAUUGGCUAUAGAUCAGUCAAAUCCUCCUAAAGUGGUCUUUAAACUCCAUGUGGCCACAAGACUUUGUUGAUAGAUUUUCGGGGGGGGGGGCGGGGUUGUUGCUGUACAGUUUUCACUGAGUCUAUGACCAAACCAACUGUCAACAGGGAUCUAUGCCAACAUUUCCCAUCGCAAGGCAGCAUUUUGCUGUCCUAAAUCUAAAGUCAUAAAGAUCCCACCGAAAUACAGAAAAUAUCUUUGAAAUGCAUGAUAGUAACAAAGGAUCAAAUUCUGGCAGGAAAGAGACAUUGAUUGAUAUUUGAUCCCGAUUUCAAAGAAAUGAUACACAAAGUACAAUAUCCGUAAUGUGCAGACUAGCUUCAUUCUGUCACAUUCUUGCAUUUUCUUGAGACUAUUUAUUUUGUCACCUUGUUUUUUGGACGUAUUGAUUAUGAGUAUUCUUAUCAAGCGUAAGCAGUGCUAAUUUAGUUUUUUGAGGACGUUUUGUAGAAUGAUGGCCGGAGCAGCAAUGUAUAGUCCUGUCCUGCGCAUUUCUAUACUUUGUAUCUGAAUGUUUCACAAUACCUACAGGACAAAUCUGAGGAUUAAAAUGACCAUAACAUGA